GAGGGACUUCCGGCGACUUCGUGGCGGACAUUUUAUUGCUGCGGGGCCCUGGAGGUGGUCAGGAGCUCCGGUGUCCAGUGCUGGGAGCGAGCUGACGGGCCGAGGAGGCGCCGGAGGAGGCCGUGUGCGCGCUGCCCAGGGGCGGGCCUGAGGGGCGGGGACACCGCCGCCUGCGGGGAGUCUCGGUGCCGAGUCCCACCCGGUCGCUGGGCUGUGGCCGCUCCGCUCCGCCCAGAGGCUCCGAUGGCGGCGGCCGCGCUGAGGGACCCGGCCGAGCAGGGCAGUGUGACCUUUGAGGAUGUGGCCGUGUACUUCUCCUGGGAGGAAUGGUGUCUUCUUGAUGAGGUCCAGAUACACUUGUACCUUGAUGUCAUGUUGGAGAACUUGGCACUUGUGUCCAUGCUGGGUCCUUGGCGUGAAGUCGAGAAUGAAGGGACACACCCUGAACAGAACGUAUCUGGAGAAGGAGUGUUGCACAUGAGGACCCCCAGGGCAGGUUUGUCUCCUGAGAAGGCCCAGCCUUGUAAGAUGUAUGUUCCAGGCUUGAGAGACUCUUUUUACUUGGGUGAACAGCAAGGAGCACAUAAGGAGCAGAAAGAAUACACAUGUGGGCCAUGUGGGAAACAGUUGUAUUUCACUGCAAACCUUCAGCAGCACCAGAACCAGCACAUUAGAGAGAAACCCUUCCUAUUCGAUGUCGAGAAGCCCUCAUUUUUGAAGGGCUGCACGGUCCAUGCAUCAGGAAAUCUCUCUUCCUACACGGAGAUAGGGAACGACUUUGUGGCCAACAUGGGACUUCAGCAACAAGCCACUGUUACCAGAUAUAAACCAAACAGCAGUGUGGAGUAUGAAGCUGUUUUCCACAGUGGGAAAAUUUGUUAUAGCUGGGGAGAAGGCAAGGAAGCCUUGAGCCACACAGGCAUAUUUGUUCAGGAUGAGAGAGUUUUCACCGGUCAAGGGUUUUGUGAGUGCAGCAAAUUUGGGAAAGCCUGCACUCAAAAUUGUAACCUUAUUCAGCAUGAGAAAGUUCACACUGGUGAAAGGCCUUAUGAAUGCAGCCAGUUUGGAAAAUUUUUUACCCACAAUUCCAGUUUCCUCACACAUCAGAGGGUUCACAGUGGAAAAAGGAUUUAUCAGUGCAAUGAAUGUGGUAAAUCUUUUACUACUAGGUCUGGCCUGUAUUAUCAUCAGAGAGGUCAUACUGGAGAAAGGCCUUAUGUGUGCAGUGAAUGUGGGAAGUCUUUUGCUGCUAGGUCCAUCCUUUGUAAUCAUCUGAGAGUUCACAGUGGAGAAAGGCCUUUUGAGUGCAUUGAGUGUGGGAAAUUCUUUACCCGAAAUGAACACCUCAAUGCCCAUAAGAAAGUUCACACUGGAGAAAAGCCUUACGAGUGUAGUAAAUGUGGGAAGUGUUUUACAACUAAGUCCAUUCUUUGUAAUCAUCAGAGAGUUCACACUGGAGAACGGCCUUAUGUGUGCAGUGAAUGUGGGAAGUCUUUUCGUGCUAGGUGGAGCCUUCGUAAUCAUCAGAGAGUUCAUACUGGGGAGAUGCCUUAUGAGUGCCGUGAAUGUGGGAAGUUUUUUGCUGCUAGAACUGGCCUCCGGUAUCAUCAGAAAGUUCACAUGGGAGAAAGGCCUUAUCAGUGCAGUGAAUGUGGGAAGUGCUUUACUGUUAGAUAUGAUCUCUAUCUUCACCAGAGAGUCCACACUGGCGAAAGGCCUUAUGAGUGCAGUGAGUGUGGCAAGUGUUUUACUGGUAAGUCAAGCCUUCGUCGUCAUCAUCAGAGUGUCCACAGCGGAGAGAAGCCUUAUGAGUGCAGUGAGUGUGGGAAAUGUUUUGCUAGGAGAUCUUUUCUCUACGUCCAUCAGAGAGUUCACACUGGUGAAAGGCCUUAUUCAUGCAGUGAUUGUGGGAAAUGUUUUACUCACCGAUCGAGCCUUCGUCGUCAUCAUCAGAGAGUUCACAGUGGAGAAAGGCAUUUUGAAUGCCGUAAGUGUGGCAAAUUCUUUAGCGGAUGGCAGCUCCUCCGUGACCACAGGAAAAUCCACACUGGAGAGAAGCCUUAUGAGUGCAAGGAGUGUGAUAAACCUUACCCAAAGGUACCGCUUGAUCCCACAUCAGAGAUUUCAGUGGAGAAAGGGCCUUAUGAAUAUAGCGAAUGUGGAUGGCAUUGAUGUUGGAGGAAUUUGAGGUGGUCAUGGUGUGGAGAGAACCUGUGCAGUCACUGUGCAGUAAAUUGACCCUUUCUAGGAGGAGACCGAGGCACAGAGAGGAUGUGUUCUCUGUUUAUGAUCUGCCAGCAGUGGACAGGGAUCUGGGAUUCCAUGCCAGUUGGCCGGGUUCGGGGCAUGGAGAGUCUGGGCACUGCCGUUUUCUUCUCCCUUCUCUCAGCUCUGGGGACUCAAAGCAUACCUUAGCUGUCCUGACCCUCUGCCCCCCUAGCCAAGAGAUGUGCUCACCCCCUAACCGCAUGGCGAUGGACGUGACUGUCUUUUCACUGGGAACCACCUCGAUGGCAUAUUCCUGUGAAGGACUCCAUGUAUUUACCCAGCUUACCUGCUGCGUAAACUCUCUUACUGCUCACUGUUGGUACAGGAGGGGUGCGCUGCUUAAAGUGGUUCAGGGAUUUCCCCGAGGGCAUACCUUUGAUGAGAGUGGUUCCUCUCUCUCGCACAGGUCCACUGGCUUCUCUUCUCCCCUCUCAGAUGGUGUUCCGACAGUAAACGCACAUCUCCACCACGGCCUCUAGGUCCCCCUCCCCCAGUGCACAUCCCCUUCUUGCAAACCCCCUCCCUGUUGACAAGUUCUUCAAGGGGACACCUGCUUUCAGCUAGACUCCCCAGGUACAGUCAUUGGUGUCGCAGCAGAUGUGACACGGCCUCCAUUGCCGUAUGCAGGGAAUGGUUGUCAAGGUCUUGCCCAUCUUCAUAAACCCACAUCAGGAUGUCUGUUGCCCGGUGAUGCAUGCAGUUGACUCACAGUCUGGGCCCUCGGAGGGAUUGUGAAGGUCCAAGGAAGUCCACUGUGGCCCUCACAUGCCCGGGUCUCCAAGGCUCUUCCUCCCGGCCCUGUACCCAUUUUCCCACUGCUUCUGUCCCACCAGAAAAAUGUAACUCAUCGAAUAAUGGUUGUUAAUCAACAAGAACUUGCACUUCCUACUUCAGGACCCACAUGUGACCAACCUUGGCUUAAAAGCUAAGAAUGAAAGCAGGCUGACCCCUCCCAUGAAGACUUAAAACCUUACUAUAAAAUCAUUACAGUUUUUUUUGUUUGUUUGUUUGUUUUUUUGGUCUUUUUGCUAUUUCUUUGGGCCGCUUCUGCGGCAUAUGGAGGGUCCCAGGCUAGGGGUUCAAUCGGAGCUGUAGUCACCGGCCUACGCCAGAGCCACAGCAACGCGUGAUCCGAGCCGCGUCUGCAACCUACACCACAGCUCACGGCAACGCCGGAUCGUUAACCCACUGAGCAAGGGCAGGGACCGAACCCGCAACCUCAUGGUUCCUAGUCGGAUUCGUUAACCACUGUGCCACGACGGGAACUCCUCAUUACAGUUUUAAUUGCAUUUCUCCUAGGAUUUUUGAUGUUGAGGUUUUUGAUUUUUUUUUUUUUCCAUGUGUCUAAUAUCAUCUGUGUGUAUCGUUUGGUUUUAUUUCUAUGUUUUGCCUACUUUUAUAUUGUGAGUUUUGGCUAUAUUCUCUUUCCUUGACAAGUAAGAAAUCAGGGAGACAACAAAGACAUCUGUUGAGAUUUUUCUCUUUCACCAGUAAUGUUAGUGACUUUUCCGCAUGGAAUUGUAAUUUGGAAUACUGAAAGAAUACACGUUCUUAUCUCUUUUUCUCAAAUUUUUUAACUCUGCAUAAUGGAAUGGCUGCAUACAUUUAUACACAUUUCUGAUAUAUCUGCAUUAUUAACAUAUGCUACCUCAGUCUUAAGACCAGACAUUCAAUAACACAGUAAAUCAAUCCCUGCUUUGUAGUGGUUGCUAACUUCCCUCUUGUAAAUACUUCCACCAGAGCCAAUAUCAAAUUGCCAACAUAAUGUCACUGAACGCGGAGUUGGGGAAGUAUUGCCAGUAGUCAUUGUAUUUUUCUCCCACCAUAUAGGUACAGUAACUGCAAUAAUUUUAUGAAUGUAGCUAGUAGACCAUAGUAGGAUGAUGAUAACAUGACACGUUUUACAGAGUUAUUUUAAAAAUAGUUUAAUGCAUGUAUAGUUGACCUAAAAUAAAUUGCAUGUGUGUAAAAUGUACAUUUUGACAUUGUGAUACGUUAGUACAUCCUGAAACCAGUUUCCUCCUCCCUUUUUUUUUUCCCCACACCCGUGGUAUGUGGAAGUUCCUGGGCCAGGGAUUGAACUCAAGCCACAGCAGUGAUCCAAGCCACUACAGUGACAACCCCAGAUCUUUAGCCUGCUAGGCCACCAGGGAACUCCUAUAUAAACUUUUUAAAAAUUAUUUUCUAUUAUUAUUUAUCAUCAUACAUUGAACAUAGUUCUCUGCUAUACAGUAGGACCUUGUUGUUUAUCUCCUCCAUGUAUAACAGCUUAUGUCUGCUCACCUCAGCUUCCCACUCCACCCCUGGGUCAGCCCCUUACACAACUGUAGUCUGUUUUCCUUGUGUAUGAGUUUUUUUUUUUUUUUUCUUUUUUUGGAGGCAUGUUUCAUAGAGGUUUGUUUCAUUGUUUGUUCCUUCAGGGGAAUUCGCUUGGUCUUUUAACUGGGAAUGGUUCCUCUGCUUCUUCAUUUAACUUAUAUUUCUCUUUCUCUGUGCUUAUAGGAGAAACAAUUAUCUACUGUGGUAUUGGAAGGGUAUUUAUAUAUGGACGUGUCCCCGUGUAGUUUGCCCGGGCUUAAGAUUUUUGGUGCGAGGGCUGCUUUUAGUUUGGAUGUCGUGGCCUCUUUCCUCAGUGUGGGCUAGCCAUUAUCCCCGGAAAGGUGGAUGUGCAGGAUUACACACCAUGAUCAAGGGGGAUAUAUUCCAGGGUCACAAAGAUGGUUCAGCAUUGACAAAUUAAUGUGAUAGCUGCACAUUAGUGAAAAGGAAGGAUCAUCUCUAUAGACAGAGAAAAGCAUUUGAUAAAAUUUGCCAUUCAUGAUUUAAGAAAAAAAAUCUUAUCCAGGUGGGUAUAGAAGUAACAUAUCUCGACAUAAUAAUAGCCGUUUAUGAAAAAGCCACAUCCAACAUGAUAUUCAAUGGUGAAAAGCUGAAAGACUUUACCCUGAAUUCUGAAAUAAAACAAGGAUACCCAGUCUCACACCUUCUAAUAUAAAAGGCCUAGCCUCAGUAAUCAGACGAAGUAAUACAGAGUAUCCAAAUUGGAAGAGAAGAGGUAAAUCUGUUUCUGUUUGCAGGUAAAGUGUUGCUUUCCUAAAGUGUCCACUCGCAAACUGUUGGAACUAAUUAAUGAAUUUAGCAAAGCUUUAGGAUACAGAACAAAUAUGCAGAAAUCUGUUGCGCUCAUAUAUUAAUAAUUUACUGUCAGAAGAAAGUAAAAUUUAAAAUUCCAUUUCCAAUCUCAUGGAAAACAGUAAAAUAUCUAGGAACAAAUUACUGAGGGGGCGAAAGACCUAUACUCAGAAAACUAUAAAACAUUGAUGAAGGAAAUUGAAAACAAUACAAAGAAAUUGAAAGAUGGCUUGUUCUCUUAGAAGAAUUAUUACCAUUAAAAUGCCCAUAUUACCCAAAGCAGUCUACAGAUUUAAUGCAUUCUUUAUCAAUAUACCCAUUAUACUUUUCACAGGUUUAGAACAAAUAAUCCUAAAAUUCAUAGGGAAGUAUACACUAAAACAAGAAAAUACUUGUGAAAGCUAUUUCAAGAAAAAGAGCAAAGCUGGAUUUUACAUCCUCCCGGAAUUUAGACUACAGCAUAAAGCUCUAGUAAUAAAACUAUGGCAUUGGCACAAAACACACAUAGGCCAUUGUAACAGAAUACAGAGCAUAGAAAUAAACCCACGCAUCUGUGGUUAAUUAACACACAACAAGGGAGGCAAGAAUAUACAAUCCAUAAAAAACAAUCUCAAGUAGUCCUGGAAAAAUUGGACAGCUGUAUCUAUAUCUAAAACAGUAGACUUUGAUUACCUUACACUGUAUAAAAAUCCCAAGAUGAGUUAAAGAUCCAAAUGUAAGACCUGAAAACAGCAAACUCUUAGAAGUGAACAUAGAUGAAACACUGUUUGAGAUAAAUCAUAGCACAAUUUUUUAGGAUCUGUCUCCUAGGGCAAGAGAAAUAAAAAUAAACAAAUAGGACCUAAUUAAAUCUAAAAGGAUUUACAUGCAAAGCAGACUUCAAAACAAAAGGUCAACUUCUGGAGUGGGGGAAACAUUUGCAAUUCAUGACCGAAAAGGGACUAAUAUCCAAAAUAUACAAAUAGCUUAUGUUACACAAUAUUUAAAAACCUGAACACUCCAAUCCAGAAAUGGGCAGGAGUUCCCCUUGUGGCUUAGUGGAAACAAUCAGACUAGUAUCCCUGAGGACUCGGGUUCCAUCCCUGGUCUCAUUCAGUGGGUUAAUGAUCUGCCGUUGCAGUGAGCUGUGGUGUAGGUCCCAUACGCAUCUCAUCUCGGAUCUGGCAUUGCUGUGGUUGUGGGGUGGGCCAGCAGCUGUAGCUCCGGUUCUGACCCCGAGCCUGGGAACUUCCAUAUGCUGUAAAUGAGGCCCUCAAAAGCCAAAAAAAAAAAGGGCAGAAGACCUGAAUAAACAUUAUUCCAAAGGAGACAUACAGAUGGCCCGCAGCUACAUGAAAAGAUGUCCAGCAAAUUGCAAUGCAAUCAAAACAACUAUGAGAUACCACAAAUAUUUUUAUGAUUGUGAUCCUUAUGGAUAUAUAAAAAAUUACAUGUAAAUAAAUACAUAUAUACACACAGUUGCAUUAGAAAUCUCUUAGAAACGUACUGGAAUAAUAAUACAGAGGGGCAGAGAUGAAAUGAUGUGGGAUGAGGAAAAUGGUCUUAGCUGACUUUGCCUUAGUUGUAGUUUUACCUUUUGGAGAAAUAAUAUUUUACAUAGUUAUCACACAGUAUGACAUCAGAAUUAAAAUGACUAAAUUCAGUGAGAACGAGAACAAAAUGUGUAGUUCUGAAUGUACUUAAUUUGUAUUCUAUUGAUAAAAAACAGUAAUAUUUCCAGUAAAUCUUGUAAAAAUUCACCUUGGACUGUGUAUUUCUAUUGAGACAUAGUCAUGUAAAAUACCUAGUAAAUCCUUUAAAUUUUACCCGUAAUUAUGCUCUUCAUAGGCUUAUAGUAAUAUUUUGAAAUUAAUACACAAGUAUACUAUUUAAGUAGAAAGGAUUUGACCAAAAGAGGAGAAAAACUGUUUGAAGAGAAUUUAGGUAAACACUGUAUCAUUUUUAAUUCGGAGAAUAAAUGGAGGUUCAUCUGGACGUGAUUUAUGUCUUCAUAUGUAUGUGAUUUAACUCAUGUGGUUAUGUGUAUUUUAUCCAUUUCCAUUGAAGUAAUCUACAGGUGUUGACCUUCCUCUGAGAAAUUACCAUCCCAUUUUCCCAGACCUUGUUCUCCAAAUGCCGUUUCUCACUAAAAGUAAACUCGUGUCUUUAAAAACCUUGCCAAUUCCAGGUCUAGGACAAGAGAUGUUCAUUAUGGAACGUGUAUUCAAACCAGGACAAGGAAACUCUACCAGAGGACUUGGUAUCACUUUAUUUUUAAAUUUUUAUUUACUAUUCUCUAUCUCCAUUUUAUUUUAACAUUUUCCUUAUUCAAGAACAUCCUGGAGGCGUUCCAGUGGUAUCUCAUUGGGUUAAGAAACUGAGAGUCUCCGUCUGAAUGCACAUUCAAUUCCUGGCCUUGUUCAGUGGGUUACCGAUCCAGCAUUGCUGCAAGUUGUGGUGUAGGCUUCAGAUGCACCUGGGAUUCCGAGUUGCUGUGGUGUAGGCCUGCAGUGGCUGCUUUGGUUCACCCCCUGGCCUGGGAACUUCCAUACGUCUGUGCAGCCCUAGAAAGAAGGGGAAAAAAAAAAAACCAAGAAGCACCCUGGAAAUCAAAGACAGAAUACUUUUUUUUCCCCCAAUUCAGCCAGUUCAGUAAAAAUGACACCUACUGAUUUAAAUCUGAAUUCUGAACGGGUGAUGCUCGAAAUAAUAUAUUUUUGCUGUAUUUGUAUUCUGUUUCUUUUUUUCCUUUGAUAAUGAGAAGGUGUUCUUUUCCGGGCCAACUACCCACCCAUUCUACCCAACUCUGCCUUUCUGAGGCAGGGGAAAGGUGCAUCCUUGCCGGGGCUCCUGCCAGCGCCCCCUGGUUCCUCUGGCCAGCAGCCGGUGAAACGACGCUCCCUGCACAUCAUUAACCUUAUGCUGUGUUCGCUGCACAGGGCGUCUUGGAUUUGUUUAUCAGGGCCCAGGGCUCCUCCACGCUCCUGCACCUAGGAUCACUUUAGGAUGAGGAUGCUACAAGAUUUGACUUGAGGAGAAUGCCACUCCACAGUAAUGAUACACAUUGAAUAUCAAAGAAAAGAACCUGGACAAUAUUUCACUGUGUUAAGUAUUCUGAUGACCCUGAUGUUCCUCGUGGAAGAAAAUCACAGUGGUUACGCUUCUUUCAUCAACUUAAGGAACUGACAAGUUAUUGUGGAGGCUGAAAAGCAUACUUGAGCAAGAAAUAGGGAUCAUUCUAAUACAAACUAUUUCAGGAUAACCAAAUAGAAGAUGAGGAAAAAUUCUUCCUGUAUAAAUAUUCUAAGUGAAGAUGCAGAAGUAGUGACAAGAUACUAACGUUUUACUUCCUCUUAUAGCAGCAGACCUGCAGAAUGAUUGUCAGUGAUAGCUGAAGCCAGCAGAUGACAGGCUGUGGAAGAAUUGGUAUUAGGAGACACUAACAUACAUGGAUCCACUCAUCAAAGGCCAUGUCAUAGGGAGUUCCUGCUGUGGCGCAGUGGAAACGAGAAUGCGGCUUCAGUCCCCGACCUCGCUCAGUGGUUAGGGAUCCCACAUUCCUGUGAGCUCUGGUGUAGGUUGCAGAUGCAGCCUGGAUCCCACAUUGCUGUGGCCGUGGCAUAGGCUGGCUGCUGUAGCUUUCAUUCCAGGCCUAGCCUGGGAACGUCCAUAUGCCUCAGGUGAGGUUCUAAAUGAAGAAAACAAAAACCAAAAAAACUUCAUGUCAUGUAAAGGGCUACAGCCUCUAAUAAUGGCAGGUUCUAAAUGAAGAAAACAAAAACCAAAAAAACUUCAUGUCGUGUAAAGGGCUACAGCCUCUAAUAAUGGCACCCAGUUGUAAGAAAUGACAACGGGGCCUCACAACCUCUGGGGUUUCCUAGACAAAAAACUGUACCUGGACUAUAUUGUUCUUUAAAGCUGAUGAUGCUCUGCUUCCCAAUUUGGGGGCACAGGUGAGGAAACAUUAAAAAGGGCGCAGUUAGGCAUUCCUUCGUGGCACAGUGGGUUAGGAAUCUGGUGUCACUGCAGUAGCUUGGGUUGCUGCUGUGGCUGGGGUUCAAUUCCUGGCUCAGGAACUUCAAAAUGCCUUGGGGCAUCAAAAAAUAAUUAAAGAGCACAGUUAGCUGGUAGAAUGAUGGAAACAGUCCUAAACAAAUGAUCUAUUUUCUGCUUUACACAAACAAGCAACGUCAAAAGUUUGGAAGAGAUUUUUUUUUUUUCUUUUAGUCUUUUCUAGGGCUGCACCCGAGGCAUGUGAAGGUUCCCAGGCUAGGGGUCUAAUUGGAGCUGUGGCCGUCAGCCUACACCACAGCUCACCUCAACGCUGGAUCCUUAACCCACUGAGCAAGGCCAGGGAUCGAACCCGCAACCCAUGGUUCCUAGUCGGAUUCGUUUCCACUGAGCCACGGCAGGAAUUCCCUGGAAGAGAUAUUUACUAAAAAGAUGUAUGAGGUAGAUUCCAUAUAGGUAUAAUAUGGAAAUUCUUUUUUUGUUGGUGUUUUUUUAGGACUACACCCACUGUGUGUGUGUGUCCUUUUAGGGUAACGGAAAUUCUGAUUCAGAUGAUCUAAAUCUGAAGUUCCUCUUGUGGCUCAGUGGUAAGGAACCUGACUAGUAUCCAUGAGGUUGCAGGUUCAAUCACUUACAGCUCUGAUUCGACCCCUAGCCUGGGAACCUCCAUAUGCCAUGGGUGCGGCCCUUAAAAUUGGAAAAAAAAAAAGUUAUAAAUCUUUAAAAAUAUAUAUUUCUUAGAGUUCCUGUUGUGGCUCAGUGGUAUCAAGCCUGACCAAGAUCCAUGAGGAUAUGGGUUUGAUCCCUGGACUUGCUGAGUGGGUUAAGGAUCCAUCGUUGCCAUGAGCUGUGGUGUAGAUCAUAGACAUGGCUUGGAUCUUGUGUGGCUGUGGCUGUGGUAGAGGCCAGGAGCUGUAGCGCCAGUUUGACCCCUACCUGGGAACUUACAUAUGCCCCAGGUACAGCCCUAAAAAAAAAGUAUACACACACACACACACACAUAUAUAUAUUUCUCUCCAGAACAUUGGAAAAGCAUGGCUCCUGUCCAUGUAUUUAAUGUUAUUAUUUUUGUAGGUAUGUAACACAUAUGCCUUUUCAUUAGUAAGUUCCAUUUAGAGCAAAGCAUUUCACCCUCCAUGUCUCGUAUUCUGCGUCUGAAGGUUCAAAAGACUAGGUCAAAAUAUUCAUGGAAUUCCCACGGUGGCACAGCAGUUUAAGAUCUGAUGUCUCUGUGGCAGCAAGGGUUUGAUCCCCAGCUCAGUGCAUUGGGCUGAGGAUUCAGAAUUGUAGCUGUGGUGUGUUGCAGCUGGGGCUAGGAUUCCAUCCCUAACCCAAGAACUUCCUUAUUCCACAGGUAUGGCCAAAAUUUAAAAAAAAAAAAAAAAAUUUAAGAAGAAGAGACUCCAAAACUUUCCAAAACCUGAAGCUUGAAUUUCUCUUAUGCUGGCAACUAUCUACAUAGUAUUUGUGUCGUAUUUACAAACAUUUCCAUAGCAUUUUUAUGUUGCAUUAGGUGGUGUAAAUAAUCUAGGAAAGAUGUAAAGUGCACGUUAGGGAUGCUCAGAGUUUGAUGUCCUUGGACUUUCUGGAAGCAGGUCCCUGUGGAUACUGAGGGAUGACUGUACACUCGUGAUUAUUUUUUAAUGAUAUACCUUGCAUUUUCUGUAAAUAAGUUUUUAGAGUUACAUGCAUGAGGUGUAGGUUAAAUUAGAUGGUUCUGUACUGAUAUUUAACGUUCAAAGUUUGUGAUUCAUCUAUGGGGUUUAUUAAACUAUUUUCUUUUUCCAUAUAUAUCUGACAUUUUUCAUUGUAAAGCAGUUAUAGCAACUUUCAUAAAAUGUUCCUUGUAUCAACAAA